AUGGCGCCCGAACCUGCCAGUCAUCGAGAGGUGAUCGACGUCAGGGAUCCUUCUGUUGGUGUCAGUACAGUACCUAAGCAUAGAAAGUUGAAGAACUGUACUCUGGGCGAGAACUUUAAUUCAAAUCAUUCUAGUUUAGAUACUUGGCUGAUGGAUCCCAUCCUGGCCGGUCCAGAAUGUGUCUCUUACUCUACCAUGGUUCGCAAGGGCUGCCAACCCGCAAUAUUGACAAAUACCUACCUAGUGAAUCGACUAGACAGAUCAACAAUUCUCUUCUCAGAUGAAGUCGUCGGCGAUGAUUCGGGUGUGGAGCUUUCUGAUGGCCUCGUGGACGAAGACCUUCGCACCGGGGGGCCCUAUCUCUGCGCCAUUCCCACUCGAAGUGUGCCUAUCCCUAAGUAUCAUCCGCUUCAGCCGCGGCUGGAGGACCGCGACGCACGUCUCCUCAAAACAAUCAACUCGAUCCUACAGUCGCAUGAUGUCGAUUUCCAGUCAAUCGACCUCUGUGGGCGCAGAUCGGAAUUCGAUCCAGAACCGGAUCUUGUCCCCACCGUCCUCGUCCUUGCCAAAAGACAUGCCCUCGAUAAAAACUGGCUCGAGGCAUGUAGGGAGAUUCGAACGUUUCUAAUAAAUGAGAAUUUGUCGAGCGUCUCUGUGGAGAUUGCCGACUUGCGGGCCUUUGAGCCGCUCCAAUACUCCCCAGUCCUGCCAACAGAUACUAUCUACUACAUCUGGGACAAAGUUCUUGAUCGCAUUUUGACGCAACUCGACCUCGCUGAAAUCAAAUGUGUUGAAUGUUUCCGUAUGGGCACUAGCGACAACCACAAUGAAAACCCGCCGACAGUGAUACUGACUGUUGCCAAGCAGUCAACAAAAGACUGGAGACCUGUUCGUGAAGAUAUCAUUGGCAUUGUCGACAGUUUUCACCUUCCUACUGUUGGCGUGAGCAUAGGGCCAGGCGAUAUAGUAAGACAGAAUGGUGUUUCGGUAGCAUACCCGUUGAAUGCCUAUCAGGACGGAGCCCAAGCAGGCCUAAGCCUUGGGAUUCACGGGUCGAUGCUCUCUGCGGGCACAUUUGCUGGUUGGGUUCAGCUUAAGAAUCCUAGAACGGGAGAGUGGGAAAAGUUUGGCCUUACAUGUUUCCACUGUGUGGACCCAGGCACGAAUUCCAUCUCAACUACCGAUCUAACUCAACUACAAGACUGGCAUAAAAAUGGGAUAUCUCCGAACGACCAGAGCGCGCGGCGAUUGCUUCAACUUGAUCAGCCCUGUCUGAAGGAUAUCAAGAGGGAUCUGAAUAUGCUUCAGGAACAGAUCAAGACUGUGUCAGAAGAUGGCGAAUUCAUUCAUGUCAAAACUGCUGUGGAAUCUGGCAACUUUGUUACUCCUCGCGAUAAGAGGCGGUACGACCAGGACCAGCAACUACUCCAGAAUUACAUGGACAAACAGUCCCUAAUACGGGAUUUUCUGGCCAGUGAUCGCCAUAUUCCGGGUCAUGUCCUUAGUGCCUCUGCGAUUCUGGAUUGGGCUCUCAUUUCUGUCCAACCAUCUCGCGCAUUGAGCGAUAACACAAUCCUGGGAUAUGGCACUCCGCCGCCUUCAAUGUCGUUGCUACCAGAUCUAAAACUGGAGAACUUUACCAAACCGCCUUGUAGGCAUUUCAGCAUUGAAAUACUUUGGUGCGGGGCGAGUACGAUGGUAUCCUCUUCAGGAUUGGGAGAUAUGCGUCCCCACAGAGAAGCUAGAGGAGGCCUCUGGUCUCCUUCGAUCGGAGCCCUAUAA